AUGUCUUUUGAUAUUUAUUUCCAUCUCUUUCUGAAAUUUAUUUUCAUUACUCGCAAAUAUUACUUUCAAGUACUCACGGAUAUUCAUUUUCUGUGUUCUCGAUUCUUUUUUAUAAGAUAUUUCUUUCCAUCACAUACAGAUAUUUUAUUCUGUUACUCUUGUAUAUUACUUUCAAGUACUCCUGGAUAUUUCUUCCCCGUUUUAUUGAUUAUUUCUUUCAGGUACUCUUGGACAUUUUCCUAUACCUUCGGAUAUUUCUUUCCAUCACACACUGAUAUUUUAUUCUGUUACUCUUGGAUAUUACUUUCAAGUACUCCUGGAUAUUUCUUCCCCGUUUUAUUGAUUAUUUCUUUCAGGAUAUUUCUUUCCAUCACAUACAGAUAUUUUAUUCUGUUACUCUUGUAUAUUACUUUCAAGUACUCCUGGAUAUUUCUUCCCCGUUUUAUUGAUUAUUUCUUUCAGUACUCCUGGAUAUUUCUUUCUCGUUUUAUUGAUUAUUUCUUUCAGGUACUCUUGGAUAUUUCUUACCUCCAGGGAUAUUUAUUUCCAGCAUUUCUCAAGGAUAUUACUUCCAAGAACAUUCGAAUACGUCUUUCCAAAACUCCCGGUUAUUUAUUUCAAUUACCCGAGGAUAAUUUCCGGUAUUUUACGAUAUUUCCGUCUCCUUUUUACGGAUAUUUUCUCCGAAUCAUAAUAACUGGUAAUCUAUCUACCGAAAGAAUUCAAUUGUGUAAUCUAUCUAUCUAUCUAUCUAUCUAUCUCAUGUUGUCUAUCUAUGUUUUUCACCGUUUUCUUGAAUUACUCUUUUGUCUUUCGUAUUCACUAUCAACACUGUCUUGCUUGUUUCUUUCUUUCUCUCUUUCUCUUUACUCCUUGCUUUUCUUUCUAUUUUCAUUCUUCCUUACAUUAUUUUUUAUGUGUUAUCACCCUCUUUCGUUUCAUUAUUUAUUUUCUCGUCGGUUUUUCUCCCUCCCUGACAGACUUUCAGUUUUUCUUUUUAUCUCAUCUUUUUUCUUUGAGGAUCUUUUACCUUGCAUUUUUUUUUAUCAGAGUUUGGCUCCCUUUUUUAAGUUAUCGUUGACAUUAUUUUAUACUUUUUCUUUGUCUUAUUUUACCAAACGUUAUCUGACUUUCUUUCUUUCUAUAUUUCUUGCUUUCUUGCUUUCUUUUUCACCAACGUUUUUGUCUUUAUUUUUUCUCUUUGCUUCUUUACUUUCUUAA